AUGGUGGUCGAAGGCUUGGCCGUUACUUCUCGGGUGACCGGCCUCCCCGGUCCACUCCUCGACCCAACAGCGACGACCUCUGGACUGUCCACUGUCAAGAACACUGCCAUUCCCAUCACACCACAACAGCUUCGUAAGGAGAACUCGAUCGUCUAUCGCGACUCUAGUGAGAUCAUGCCGCCUUCGCUUCCACCCACCCUGACCACCGUCACGCUCAAGUUCGAUAAAACCACGGUCCUCCUACCAGCGACGAAGAAGACAAGGGUCUCGGAGCUCAAGACGGGAUUUCUAGACGCCUUGAAGGGGACCAAGACGAGUCCCUCGAACGGGAGCCUGGAGGACUCGACCUGCUUCCAGAUCUUUCGGGCGUCGAAAACGGCGGCUAAUCUGACCGAGGGUGGGCCGGCUGGGGGCGCCGGAGGUGGUCCGGCUGAUUCGUGGGAUGCUCUUGCGGACGACCAUGCAACGAUGUCCGAUCUCGCCCUCGAAGAGGCCGAGACUCUCGGGGUCGGCUUCAAAAAUUCAAAAGGUCCCUCUCUCUCUCAUCCCAUCUCUUCUCUUGAUCAUCCUACUUAA